CAGCCGACGACGACUUGCUAGAGUGAAGAUGGAGGGGAGUUCUUCUGCAGCGCACUCGAAACUGCAAGGACUGUUGAAGGAGCUGGUUGAUAGUCAUGACGACCAGCAGCUGGGUGAGACUGCUGAUGCGGCACUCCAGCAGUUGCCAGAGCUACCGACUCUGGACCGAGAGGACCGCCAGCAGAGGGCUCUGUCAGACCAGCUCCACUCCUCCGCCAUAGCUCUCUGGAACAGAUCGGUGGCCCUCAAGGCAGCAGGGAGCAUUAGUCUGAGUCUGAAUGCCCAGAUGAGACACGUGGCCUGC